AUGCAAUCACUUCAGAUUCAGCAACUACCUUCAUCCCUUCGUCCUUCUCCGCUCGAACCACUUCGUAAGAAACCUUCCAAUGUCGCCGGGAAAACCAAGUUCGCGUCGAAGAGAGUCUCGCAUGUCACCGCCGCGGCUACUACUGCAGCACCGCAGAGACAGAAGGACCCGAAGAAGCGGGUGGUGAUUACUGGUAUGGGGUUGGCUUCUGUGUUUGGAAAUGAUGUUGAUGGUUAUUACGAGAAGCUUCUUGCUGGUGAAAGUGGGAUCACGUCAAUUGAUAGAUUUGAUGCUUCGAAGUUUCCGACGAGGUUUGCUGGUCAGAUCCGGGAAUUUAGUUCGGAGGGUUAUAUUGACGGGAAGAAUGACCGGAGGCUUGAUGACUGUCUCCGGUACUGCAUUGUUGCUGGAAAGAAGGCGCUUGAGCAUGCUGGCCUCGGCGGUGUAAAUCUCUCUAAGAUUGAUAAGGAGCGUGCUGGUGUUUUGGUUGGGUCUGGGAUGGGUGGUUUAACGGUGUUUUCUGAAGGGGUUAAGAAUUUGAUUGAGAAAGGACAUAGGAAGAUAACACCUUUUUUUAUUCCUUAUGCUAUUACGAAUAUGGGUUCCGCUUUGCUUGGCAUUGAUUUGGGUUUCAUGGGUCCAAACUAUUCUAUUUCAACUGCUUGUGCUACUUCGAAUUAUUGCUUUUAUGCCGCUGCCAAUCAUAUUCGUAGGGGUGAGGCGGAUUUGAUGAUAGCGGGUGGGACUGAAGCUGCCAUUAUUCCUAUUGGUUUGGGGGGUUUUGUUGCUUGCAGGGCACUUUCUCAGAGAAAUGAUGACCCUAGAACUGCUUCCAGGCCUUGGGAUAAAGACCGUGAUGGUUUUGUUAUGGGGGAAGGUUCUGGAGUUCUGGUAUUGGAAAGCCUUGAACAUGCCAUGAAGCGUGGUGCACCUAUCAUUGCUGAAUACUUGGGAGGUGCUGUGAACUGUGAUGCUCAUCACAUGACUGACCCAAGAGCCGAUGGACUUGGUGUGUCUACAUGCAUCCAGAGCAGCCUCGUAGAUGCUGGUGUGUCGCCUGAAGAGGUCAACUACAUAAAUGCACAUGCAACUUCCACUCUUGCGGGUGACUUGGCAGAGAUUAAUGCUAUCAAAAAGGUUUUCAAGAACACCUCUGGCAUCAAAAUUAAUGCCACCAAGUCUAUGAUAGGGCACUGCCUUGGUGCAGCUGGGGGUUUGGAAGCUAUUGCCACUGUAAAAGCCAUAACAACAGGAUGGCUGCAUCCAUCAAUCAAUCAAUUCAACCCAGAACCUGCAGUUGACUUUGAUACAGUUCCAAAUGUCAAGCAGCAGCAUGAAAUUAAUGUUGGUAUUUCAAAUUCAUUUGGAUUUGGGGGACACAACUCUGUUGUGGCAUUUUCUGCUUUCAGACCCUGA